GCGAUGGAACCGAGCUCGUCCGACAUUUCCUCAUCGAACCAUCACCGAAAGGACCCGUUUUCGGCUCUUUGUCCGCCCUGGUGUAUCAGCAUUCGAUCACACCACUAGCAUUGCCCACAAAAUUACUACUUCCCGACUAUGAUCCGGCCACCACGCCUGAGCAUGUCUCGGCAACCCAGGCGCUUCUGGAGCAAGGAGCAG